AUGCACUCACUCUUAUGGAGCUCUUGCGGGAAGCGACUUGGAAUACGUGACCGAUUUGUUCUUGGUCUAGGUAAAGAACCUUUGAAUGAGAUCUUUCUCAGAGGCUACAAUGGACUCGCUGGGCCGUUCGAAGGCAUGAACGCCGUCCAUCAACUCCACGAUGCUUGUGGGAUCGAAAUUAGCACCGAAACCCCCAUCAAGUUUACGCACGCCGAUAUAGUUCCGCUGAACAUCAUAUUGUCACCUGUACCGGAUACGAAAGUUGUUGCUAUCAUUGACUGCGGUCAGGCUGGGUGGUAUCCGGACUACUGGGAAUAUUGCAAGGCUCAGCGGGUGACCUUAGACCCGAAGGAUUUUGACGAAGCGUCCCAGAGAGAUUGGAGUGAGACAUAUUUGCCACUAAUUAUGGAUCCGGUCGAUCUGGAUGCGCAUUAUCACCCAUGGCUCGAGUUCGUGCUCUCGAAAGGAUUUUGA